AUGUAUGUAUAUAUCUCCGACGCCGAGCGACACGCCGCCCUCGCCGUCCAGUGGCAGCUCCCCGACAACGCCGGGUGGAGGUGGAGGCUACACGCCGACACCGAGCGACACGCCGCCCUCGCCGUCCAGUGGCAGCUCUCCCACUACACCGGGUGGAUGCUCCACUCCCACGCCGUGCGGCAUGCCGCCCGCGCCGUCGAGUGGCACCUCUCCGACCACACCGGGUGGAAGCUACUACCCGCCCACGCCGUCCAUUGGCGACGUGCCACCCUCGCCGUCCAGCGACACCUCUCCGACCACACCGGGCGGAGGCUCCCGUCCACGCCAUGCGACACGCCGCCCUUGCCGUCCAGUGGCACGUCCCCGACCACGCCAGGUGGAGGCUACUACCCGCCCACGCCAUCCGUCGGCGACGUGCCUCCCUCGCCGGCCAGUGGCACCUCCCCAUCCACGCCAGGUAGUGGAGGCUACUCUCCGUCCACGCCAUGCAGUGCGCCGCCGUUGCCUUCAAGUGGAACCUCCCCAACCACGCCGGGUGGAGGCUAUUCUCCUUCCACGCCGUGCAAUGCGCCGCCCUCCCCUUCAAGUGACACCUCCCCGACGACACCUGGUGGCGGCAACUACCCGCCCGCGCCCACCAUUGGCAACGUCCCGCCAUCGCCAUCCAGCGGCACCUCCCCGAGCACACCGGGUGGUGGCUGCUCAUCCUCACCCACGCCAUGCGACGCGCCGCCCUCGCCAUCCAGUGACACUUCCCCGACAACACCGGGUGGAGGGUACUACCCGCCCAAGCCGUCCAUCGGCACCUCGCCAUCCACACCGGGCACCGGCGGAGGCUACUACCCUCCCUUAAUUAUGUACCCAAACGAUAAUUAUGUUUGA